CCCGGGGCUGGCGGGCCCAGCGAUCGCUGCUCUGCCUGGAGGGCUGCAGCCUGACGGCCGCGGCUAAGCAGCCCCAGUCCCUACUGGGGAGAGCGGGUUGGCGAGUCCGGGUGUAGAAAGUGCAAGGAGGCGGCAGGCGGCUGGCUCUCCUGACUCUGUCCCUUGCACCCCGCAUGUCAGGUUGGAGGGGGGCUGAAGCACGCUCCUGCAGAACUGCAUAUAGCACAAAGGGGGCCGGGUUGGAAAUUAAAUGUCUUCCCUGCCAGACUUGGAGCUCUUCACCAUGGGGAUGUGGUCUAUCGGCCUUGGGGCUAUUGGCGUAGCUGUGACAGGGAUUCUUCUUGCUAACACUGACUUGUUUCUCUCCAAACCGGAGGCAGCCUCAUUGGAGUUUUUAGAGACGACCGAGCUAAGAUCUCUGGGAGAAGCAGAAGAGAGAACAUUCAAGGCAGGUGAGCUAUGGAAGAAGAAUGGUGCAGUGAUCAUGGCUGUGCGGAGACCUGGAUGCUUUUUGUGCAGAGAGGAGGCUUCUGAGCUUUCCUCUCUCAAACCUCAGCUCGACCAACUUGGCGUCCCCCUCUAUGCUGUUGUGAAAGAAAAGAUUGGGACUGAAGUGGAGGAUUUUCAGCAUUAUUUCAAAGGGGAAAUAUUUCUGGAUAAAAAGAAAAAGUUCUAUGGUCCUCACAAGCGAAAAAUGCUGUCGAUGGGUCUUAUCCGCUUAGGAGUUUGGCAGAACUUCCUUCGCGCUUGGAAGAAUGGAUACAGUGGUAACCUGGAAGGAGAAGGUUUCAUCCUGGGAGGAGUUUAUGUGAUUGGUGCUGGGAAACAGGGUGUUCUCUUGGAGCAUCGAGAGAGAGAAUUUGGAGACAAAGUGAGCCUUCAGUCUGUUCUUGAAGCUGCUGAGAAGAUAAAACCACAAGCUGCAGACACUGACUAAUAGUUACACAUGUUCAGUCUUGGCUCGAAAAUGUAGAACAUGUCUGUAUGUGAACAUGCAGUGUAAUUGCUUUCUUAGACUAUUCAGUAAUAGCUCAGCUGGAGGAUUCUCUCUGAAAUUAGUCAACAAAUGAACAACCUCUUUGAUGGUAGCUGACCUGUUUGUGCUUUGUAGCCCCUCAGGCACCCACUGUUUCUACUAGUUUUUUGUCUUUUACCGCAUUAAUGAAAGGCUGGGCCCAAAAUCUUAAGGCGUAACCUAGAUGGGUCCAGUUAGAGCCAGAAAAAUAAGAAUAUCUGGGUGCCUGGGGAGUAGGACAUUGCUAAAGCAGGAGUAAGUGAGGUUGUAAGAUAAUAAAAAUUAUGUAAAUGAAA